AUGAAUAUGAAUAUAAUAGUAUCGAAAAUUUCUUUACAGCUCUUUUUUGCGUUUUUGCUUAUUGGAUUAACUUAUGGGCUACCCCAAUACAGCUACAACCAAGGCCGUUCCGUGCCAGGAACUGAAUUCAGCGGACUAGCCAACGGGCAAGGUAGCCAAGGCACGGGACCGGCCGUUUAUCAAGGAUUUGGGAAUGGACAAGACUACAAUCACCGUAAGGGAUACCAAGAGAUGGGAUAUUAA